AUGGGUCGCGUUCGCACGAAGACGGUGAAAAAGGCGUCUCGCCAAAUCAUCGAAAAGUAUUACUCGAGGCUCACGCUCGACUUUGCGACGAACAAGCGCAUCGCGGAUGAUAUCGCGAUCAUUCCGUCCAAGCGUUUGCGUAACAAGAUUGCGGGUUUCACGACGCACUUGAUGAAGCGUAUCCAACGCGGACCGGUGCGCGGUAUCUCGCUCAAGCUUCAAGAGGAGGAGCGUGAGCGCCGCAUGGAUUUCGUGCCGGAGAAGUCCGCGCUCGAGACGGACUCCAUCGAAGUCGACCGGGACACGAUGGAUAUGUUGAAGUCGAUGAACAUGGGUAACUUGCAAGGCGUUUCUGUGUCUAGCCGUGCGCACUACAACAAGGGUCCGCGACGUGAUCGCGCGUAAUUUCGCACACGUAUGCCCGCGAGAACAUUAGGUCAUCGCGAGUAGAAAUGUGAGACUAAUAGACUUGGUUUAAAUUGUCGCGCGUCGCCCUACCUGCGCAUCGAUUCCCUGAGAGAUCCUCGCGCGCGCAUGUUGAGUAGAAUCGCUCGAGUGUCCAUAUCGCCGACCUCGAGGACGUUCGUCGUUUCUUUCAGCGCGCUCUCGCUCGACUUUUCUGGACUUGCCGCGGGCGUCUCGACGACGACGGAGUCGUCGCCUUCGUUGGGCGAUUUUCCAUCAAAGUCGAGCUUUACCACCGUUUCGCGUCUCGCCUUGAACGAUCCUUUCCUGCCAGAGGACGAAGAAGACGAUCUCGUCCGUUCAAGCGGAAGCGUGGGUAACCCAGUGUUGUUUGCCGGCAUGUUGUCGACGCCUCGUUUCGCUCUCUGCUCGCGCGCGACUUGCGCGUCCAGUAACGUCUGCACUUCUUGAAAUAUGUCUUCGAAUGAAGGUCUGAGCGAGGGAUCGCUCUGCCACGCGCGCUGCAUCAACGCGCGAUAUGAUUCGGCGUCGAGAAAAGCGGCGCCGUGCGUCGCAUCUACCUCUGGACGAUCGCCGUCCGGAACGAUGGAGACGAUUUGAUAAACGUGCAAAUCCUUGAAAGGCGCUUGCAAGCUUUGAAGCUCCCACAUGACGAUGGCGAAGGAGUACACAUCUGAUGCUGUACCAUACUGUCCGUCUGUCAGAACUUCAGGGGCCAUCCAACGAGGCGAGUGAAGAGUACCUGAGCGCUCUGCGCCCUCGCCCGAGGCGACGAUGUCGUUGUGCACUCGAGAUAGGUUGAAAUCGCCGACUUUGACACGGUAGUAGCGGUCUACCAUAAGAUUGGCACUC